AUGCAACAAGGUAUUGUUGACAGGAGUGGUACGGGUGCUACUGAUAUACCCGGUUCAUAUGUGGUACGAGGCAGAUCUGUUGCUAAUGAACGAUCUAACGGUAGAAUCACAGGAUGGAAUCUUGCACAAGUGCGUGUGAGACCGAUUCUGAAGAAGAAAGGGAUCUCCACUGAAGACAGAGGAGAGAUGCUAAUGCAGAAAUGGCAAGCUCAACUAGAUGCUGCCAGUACUCUCAAGGACGAUGACAGCAUGGUCAGCGAUGGAAGCGUGAACAUGCAGAUCUACAAGUCGACCUUGAAGAUGGAUUCAUUGAAACACUGUUCUCAAUGGACCAAAGAUAACAAGAAACCUUUCAAGUCCAAUGGAAGUAAACACUGGGAUAUCGAUCUCGGUGUGCAUCUUGAUUCCGGAUCUACGUUCAGCCUACCAAUGAACGAAGAUUACGCCAAACCAGGCACUGUGUCUGACCUGGAUUACAUGUUCAACUACGCUCGAAUUCCGUGUCGUAUGGACACUAAUAUUGAAAACUCCUUCAUCGUUACGAAGGGGGAACAGAGAAUGCGAUAUGAGCAUCAAAACGGAUUGUAUACUUUCGUACCCGACGGUAGGGCGGAAAGUGAUGAGGAAUCCAAAUAUUCCGAGUGUGAAUACAGAGAAUGUGGAAAUGGUGAUUGUGACGCGUUUGGUGUCGCGCACACCGAAUGCCAUAAAUGUGGUGUUAUUUUCUGUGGUAGAAUUUUAAAAAUUAUCUAUUCCGAUUCCGAUUAUUGUGGCAUACAGACGGUGCGGGAAAAUAUCGAAGGCUUUACUGAUAAACAAGUUGAGCGGGCUAUUCGCGCGAGAGCAUUGUAUCCUAUGGCUGGUGCACCUGGCGUACAAGCGUUUCGUAUUGCAGUAAGAUCUGGUUUGUUCAAGAACUGCAAUGUGAAUGAGGAAGAUGCAAUCAUUGCUGAAAAGAUAUAUGGACCAGGUUCUUCGGUCCUAAAAGGGAAGACGAAGCGUCCCACGCCUGAGGGAGCGCGGGACGAUUGGAUUGAGAUUCCAAAGGUGCUAUUGAUUCACAAUCUGGAUGUUGUGUUGCAUAUUGAUCUUGUUAACAUCUAA